UAAAACAGAGGGACAGAGAAUUGCAGACACUGGAGUUGCAGCACACUGGGAAAGAAAUACAGUUAAAGUUUGUGGUUACACUGGGAUGCACACUGAGGUUUGAUAAGGGAGAGACAAAGAGAGAGUGUAGACAACAAGACUGUCACAGCCUCUGCUGCAGCCUCCUCUCCCUCCUAGCCAGGAGCUUCCCUCCUCCCCUCUCUCGCCCUGAUUACUGAAGUGUUGUCUGGUGCGCAGGAGUCACCGCAGCUGCUCAUCAUCUUCAAUCAAGUCAGCUUCAAAUACCAGGCUCCUACUCCAGCACGCUGCCAGAUCCUAGACUCUGUUAAGUAGUCAGUCACGUUCCAGCCACCUUGCUUUAUCUUGGUCUGACUCCUGCCUCCUGCUCCACUCCUUCUCCACCUGGUAAUCCACUGCCAUCACAUCAGCUCUUCCCCUGCAUGGACACUCCUGCUAAAAAAGAAACCACCUGGACCCCAUCUGCUUCUCUUCACCUCCCUGCUCUGGACCCUCUCGGCCAGCUCCCCUGCUUCACUCCCCACCUCAGACUUUGCCUCCCAGUACUCCUCCACUCAUUUUAUUACCAAUAAAUCACCUAGAUCCUGCUCCCAGUCUGUGUUUUGUCUGCUUUUGGGUUCCCUUGCCUUGUCAAAUAACAAAGAUGAGAUGUAGUGUGCCCUGUGGUGGCUGAUUUUUUUUUCCAAUUAUACAGGAAAAUAAUGGAAUCUGUGUUUAUAAGUAACAAGGCAAUAUGUGGAUACAGCCUCAGUCUUGAGCAGACACUCCCAUAUAUGCAUGACUCCUCUCUACCUACCUCCCUCCAUACAAUGUGUAUUUCCACUGCAGGUUUGGUCUUAAAUUUCAUAUAAGGUGGUAUUAAAAAGGUCUUAAUACGUCUUCAGUUAAACUUGGUUAUAUCUAUACACACCCUGAUGUUGUCACUGUCUCCUCCACUUCCUUGUGCAUGUGUGUUGUAUUCAGUUCGGACUAGUUCCUUCUAUGCACAUAAGUUUGUCUAACUAGGAAGAAAUACCUCUUUGUUCUCUUUUCCUGUUAUUAUACUGUCUAGUGAUAUAAAAAUGUUAAAUGUUUUGAUAAGUAUAUUGUGUUCUGUAUGAGAGGAUGGCAAUGUUUUGUAACUCAUGUUGGCAGCUUUUUGUGGAGAAGUAUACUUUGGUUUGUUCAUUUUAGAGGCACCGUUGAAGUUGCAUAGGCUGCAUGUUGCAUUUACAUUGGUUCAUUACUUUCACAACAUGUUAAUUGUCUAAAAAUUAAAGACACAGACAGCAGUGUUCACAAGAAACAAAAGAUGAUGCUCUUGAACUCUCAUUUAAUUAAUUGACAAAUGGUUUUAAUAGUCAUAUGUCUAUUUAAGUAACAAAAACACAGAUGAGCUCCUUGGUUUAUUUUACAGCCACAAUGUUGUGUUGUGCCCUCACAAAUAUUGACACACCAACUGGAUAGGCAGGUUUUUUUAUAGAGUCUUAUUCAGGGUGUAUCUCUUUCCAAAACCACAUGUGUAACCAGUGAAACAUUCACACGCUGUGAAUGUUGACAGACAGGUGUUGUCAUCCCGUCUUAAGGCUACAUGAUUGAUGUCUGAUCUUGGCCUUCAUUAGAAGCCCAGCACUGGGUUGUGCUCUGUGAAGUCCGUCCUCCUAUUGUGAUUUCCCCUGAAGUACUCAAACCUGUUCUCACCCUCAUUUAUAUUCCCACGCCGCUCUUGUCAGAUAGUGUCCUUGGUGGAUUGCAUGUCUGGAAAGCUGUUGUCUAAAAAUACGAGCAGAAGGACAAUUUGACUUUCAGAGCAUCGAUCCUUCUCACCAUGGCCAACAAGCCCAUUGGAAAUCCUCACGAAGAGGCCUACAUCGCCCUGAUGAGAGGCUUGAAAGAGCUGGACCUCCGUAACCCCUGUGAACCCAGUGACCUAGUGCUGAUUGGAGACCAUGCCUUUCCUUUAGCAAUGAACAGCCAAGGCCAGGUCCUGAUGGCCGCCUCUCUGUACGGCCGUGGACGGAUUGUGGUCAUGGGUCAUGAGGGCUACAUGACCACCUUUCCUGAUCUGUUAGAGAACGCUCUGACCUGGCUGAGAGGAGAUGGAUCCAACAAUAUGUCUGUUGGAACCAGCCAAAAAGUCAAGGCAGUCGCUGAUAACCUCAGCAAGUCCAGCUAUGAAGCCAAAGUUGUGGGAUCCUUCAGUGACAAACUGGGGCUUGGUGUGUAUGUGACAGAUGCCUACAGCGUUGGUCCACACGCGAAGGAGCUGGUGGCAUUUAUGAAAGCUGGAGGAGGAGUGCUGAUUGGGGGGCAGGCAUGGAGCUGGGCUGCAGGUCAUCCUAAGGAGAACACGCUGCUGAUGUUUGUGGGGAAUAAGGUUUCUGGUGUGGCAGGGAUCUACUUCUCUGAGCACAGAGGUGUGAAGGAGUGCCUGCCUGUCUACCCUUCGAUCCCAUCUUCCUGGAUGGCUGUAGUGAUUGGAAAGGAUUUUGAGGAUGACUUGGAGUUCUUACUUCAGGGAGUUAAAGAAUUUGACAUCCAGGGUCGUUCAAUAGCCUCCGAAGUCUUGGUCCAUGGUACACUAGCCUUCCCCAUUGGUACCAAUGAGAGUGGACAGGCGUUCAUGGCAGGAGCUUACUAUGGGCAGGGACGGGUUAUUAUCACCACUCAUGCAGGAUUUAUCGGACGUGAGUCACUGGCGCCAUUUUGGAAAAAUGCCAUUCACUGGCUGGAUGAAGGCCGGCAGGGGGUUGUUGGUGUGCAAGCAAAAAUUCCCCUCAACAAUCUCAGCAAGUCGGGGUUGCAGUGUGAGACGACAAGCCUCAGGAAAGACCUGAGUGUGUAUGUGUGUUUCGCGAACAGCGACAAACAAGCAGAGGAGAUCCUAGAGUUCGUGGCAGAGGGAGGAGGCCUGCUGAUUGGUGGACAUGCCUGGCACUGGGCUCAGUGUAACCGUGGGCAAAAUGUAUUAACAGAAUUUCCAGGAAACAAGAUCCUGAACCCAAUGGGCUUGAGCCUGUUGGGUGCAAUGAUCAAAGGAGGGACCUACAAGGCCCCUGUGCCAAGCCAGGCCAUCAAAGACAACUACUGCUUCCGCCACCUUCUACACCGCUUUGCCUGUCAUGUGACCCAGGGGGAGAAACUCAGCAAACAGGAAGAGGAAAACCUUAAAAAGCUGGGCUUUGACUGUGCCACCUACUUGACAAUGGAGGCUCAUGACUGCCCCUUCUAUAAACAGGUUGUGGCCUCCCUCACUGACAUCUUGACUAAGUCAGGCAUGCCACAGGUGUGUGACAAGUGUCCCGUGAAGAAUCCCAAAGACCACAUGCUCCUCACUCUGGGGCCAGCGGUGUAUAAGGCUUGCCCAGAUCCUGAUGCCCUCCUGCCCUACCUCAUCAAGCAAAACCCCAUGAUGCCAGUUGUCUACAACCACAAGAUCAAGAUAGAUGCUGACACAGCAGGAUGGGAGGAGUGGUUCAGUACAGGUCUCUACCUCUCUCCUGGUAUGAAGACCUACAUGGCCCUGCCAGCGGAGAUCGUCAACAAGGACUGGAAGAUCCAGAUAGGCUGUCAAACAGACUAUCUCAAAUCUCCAGUGCUGAAGAGAGCACCGUGUGUUCAUGAGCGAUUCCCAGUAACCUCAGAGAUGAUGCAGGUGUGGAACCUGUGGGGGGGACUCAUCUACCUGGUGGCUCCACCCAAAACAAAACUGGAUGGGGUAGAGAUCACAGUGCAGAUGGCUGUACCUGCGCCAUAUUAUAAAUCUGGCGUGACGACACCUGCCGAUUGGUCAGUGCUGCGCACAGCUCCUGCACCCUGGGCAGAGCUGGAGAUGGAAAACAUCAUCCUAACAGUCCCAUCAGAUGUUGUUCGGAACCUGGAUCGCCCUGAUGAGGUGGCAGCGCUUUGGGAUGACAUCAUGAGGACCAUGGCUGACCUGGCUGUUAUACCACACAAAUUUCCUCGCAAAGAACGCUUUGUAGCAGAUGUGCAGAUUUCCCAUGGUUUCAUGCAUGCAGGUUAUCCUGUCAUGGCAUACAAAGGCACAGCAUCUGUGCUGGUCAACCCUGAGUACAUUAGGACUAAAGGCAUGUGGGGGCCCAUCCAUGAACUGGGACACAACCAACAGAGAGCCUGCUGGGAGUUCCGACCACAUACCACUGAGUGUACAUGCAACCUGUGGUCAGUGUACGUGCACGAGGAGCUGUUUGGUAUCAACAGAGCAAAGGCUCAUGGAGCUAUGAUUGCAGAAAAUCGAAACAACCGAGCAGAGCAGUACGCCAAGGGCGGCAAGAACCUCAAAGACUGGAGCAUGUGGGUGGCCCUGGAGACAUACAUGCAGCUCCAGGAUAAGUUUGGCUGGGAUGCCUUUAAGAAGGUGUUUGCUGCCUACCACAAGAUGAGUACCUUUCCGAAGGACAACAAAGGGAAGAUGAACCUGUACGCUGAGACUUUCUCCCAGACUGUGGGGAUGAACCUGUGUGGAUUCUUCAAGUCCUGGGGCUGGCCCAUUGAAACAGCCACUGAGGAGAAACUCUCCAACCUGCCUCCCUGGAGCGACCACCCCAUGGUCCAGUAUGACUGAACUACUUCAGACUGCUGCAAUUCAAAAGUGUAGAGGCAUGGGUUCAAUGAUAUGGAGCCCUAAAAGUCCUAAAAGGUGAUUUUAUUUUUAUUUUGUGCACACAAGAUGAUGAACUAUGGUGCACAAGUUAAUUAUCUUGUACAAAUAACUUAUCAUCUUAUGAGCACAAGAUUAAAAAAAUCACUUUACGGGACUCUGUAAUCUUCACAUUGAGUAUUUAGUGGGUGGUAGAUUCAACUGACUUUGUUUCCUUUAGUUGCUGUUGUAUUUUUUUUUGUUUCAAAAAGAAACAGGGGAUACAUAGAUGACUAUACUACUUUUAGUGUGCAGGAUUUAGGGGGAUAUAUUGGCAGAAUGGAACAUCAUAUUCAUAAUUAUAUUUAUAUAUAUUUUUAUUAUUUUAAACUGAGAACUGUUGUGUUUUUGUGACCUUAGAAUAAUAUGUAUCUACAUACAGGGUCCUCUUCCACUGAGUUUGCCCUGUCUUUUCUACAAUAGCCCAAAACAGACAAUCCACACUGUGGCUUUGUCUGACUGAAGAGAAUGUGUAUAUCGCAGAAAGAGGACUUCACAACAACUGACAUUAGUUUUUGGAAUAAUGAGCUGUUAGAGAAACAAGCUUUCAGUCCAAUGGGACAUGUUUGAGAUUAUGGGGAUUUGAAAUUGUGGGCCAUCGGAACAACAGCAUGGCACCGCUAUUGUUUACUGUGGGCAAAGAAUGUACGUGUAAAACAAAAACCCAGAGGCCAUGUAUCAGACACAAUUAUUGUCAGGUUUAAACUGAAACUGUACACUUGCUUUACUCCAUCAUGCAAAAUUAGUCAUGCAGCAAGAUGUUUGGAAGAUUUUUAACUUUACAGGAAGCAUCUUCCAGUUGAAAGCUUCCUGUUCGGGUCAUAUCAGCUCUCAUGCUUUUACAGAUGUGUGGAUGAUUCAUGUGAUACAUUUAUGGUAAGUGACUCAGGCUGUGGGGGAUGCACAUUGAGGUUUGAUAAGGGAGAGACAACGAGAGAGUGUAAGACAACAAGAUGAGGUGUGGUGUGUCCCGUGGUGGCUGAUUCUUUCCAAUUAUUCAAGAAAAUAAUAGAAUUUGUAUUGUGAGUAACAAGGCAAUGUGUGGAUACAGCCUCAGUCUGUCCUGAGCAGACACUCACAUAUGUGCAGGACUCUCCUCUCUGUAUUUGAAAUUUGUGUGGGAAGAACCACAAUUUGAGGACUAUGGCUGUGUGUGGUGUGUAUUUGUGUUUGUUAAUUAUGAAUUAUAUUUUAAACUAAAGUAAAUAUGUUACAAAGACAUUAUACAUGCAAAAAAAUACUCCUAUCUAUCUCUCUAUCUAUCAGUACAGUCACUGAAUACAAUGAAUAAAACUAAACACUUUUGCCAUUAACGAUUAUCUGUCAAGAUGUCAACACUGUAGAAAAUUAUUGGGUGUUUUUUCGUUCCUUUUUCUUUCUUUUUCAUUACGUGUCCCUCCAUUAUGUUUAUUGGCGCUGAGUAAGACCAUGUAUGCCCCCUAUUUUUACUUUAGAAAUGUGCUUUAUUAUACUUUCACUUUCACUAUGAGCUGUGUUAGAGGUUGUGCGAAGUUGCUGCUCGAAAACUCAACAUUUCCAUAUUGUGAUGUUUCACAAUAAAA